AUUUAGUACUAGGACUCAUCAAAACAAAAAUAUUGUUGAAGAGUGAACUUUUCAUUGAAUCGUUUUUUGUCCAAGCUAUAGCUGAAAGUUUGACAUGGGUGUAGGACCUCAUCACCAUCACCAUCAUGAUCACCAUGAUCAUUGUGGACCUCCUCCACCACCUCCAUUUGGGCCACAUUUUGGACCUCCUCACCACCAUGGACCUCACCAUGGGCCUGAAAUUCACAUAGAACCAAGGAUGUUCCCUGUGCCACAUAUGGACAUACACAUUGAUCCACCACAUCAUCACCAUCACCACUCACCUCCUUGGGAACACCAUCAUCAUCACCAUCACCAUGGACAUCAUGGUCAUCACUGGUGAAGGGGGAAACGUUUGAAACAUAAGAAAUUAAUAAGAAUUGCCUGUUAUAUGAGUUGAAUAAAUAAUUUGAAAUUA